GCUGUCAAAUAUGGCCCCCUCCUUCUGGGUGUGAGAAAAGCGACAGUCGAUAACAAAAAACACUAAUCUGUGUCCAGAGAGCACACAAGAGAGUCUUACGUGUGAAAUAGUACAACAUUUAAGCGGUGCAUUAACUACACUAGAGACCCUACCAGAGGAUGAAUGGUGUCCUACCGAGGAAGUGACAGAGGUUCAUCGCUGCACAUCAUCUGCUCCGAUUCAUUCCCUGAACUUUUGACGCUCUGGUCCUGCAGCCAUGGAGAUCAACCCAGCAAUAGUGGAGUCCAUUGUGGUGUUAGCCGUGGUGCUGUGUGUUCACCUGGUAGUCUGGAACCAGCACUCCUGGUGUAGUAUAGCCCUCAUCAUUCAAGCUUUUUAUGUUCAACACAAAUGGGACCGUCUGCUCAAAUCAGGAGGCGCUGUAUUUCAGUUUCGUCCUUCUGCAAACAGUGGCAUUGUCCCAGCCUCUAUGGUCAUGCCCCUACUCGGACUAGCAUUAAGAGAAAAAUGCUUUGCUUCAGGAAAUGUUUACUUUGAGCGCUUCUCCAUGGUCAUCACAAUAACAGGCAUGAUGCUGGCUCUGUUUCUCUCUCUGAUUGCUCUUGGCAUCACUAGACCUCUGCCCACAAACACCUGCAUUAUUGCAGGUAUGGCUGCCAGUGCCAUUGUUUAUACAACUAAACAGACUCUCACCGUCUCUGAGGUCAUUGAGGUUUUGGAGGUACUAUUAAUAUUUGUGUAUCUCAGCUUGAUUGUGCUUUACCUCCUGCCUCGCUGCUUCACACCUGGAGAAGCACUUCUCAUUGUUGGAGGAAUCAGUUUCAUUGUGAACCAGCUCAUUAAACGCUCACUGAAUCUGGCAGAGGUAAAAGGUGACCCAGUUAACUAUUUACUGCCAGUGGUAGUCUUGGGCUCCUUGUUACUGGGAAUGUUUUUUGCUUUACUCUUCUGCUUCAUGGAGUCAGAAACAUGGGUUUCAUCACUGUUUUUUCACAUAAUGACUGCUGUGCUGGGCCUUGGAAUCCUCCUGCCGUGGCUGGCUUUGUUUAUUAGACGUCAUCCCAUUAUGUGGCUUAUAGACUUUCUCGCAUUAAAUGAUAAGAGACUCUGUCUUCUGGGAUAUUGGGUCUUACUUGCAGUAGGGGCCACCUGUGUUGUUUUACAUCAAAAUUAUCAGCGACAGUCAGGCUCCAAAAAACAUCAAGCAUCAACUAUAGUCAGAAAGUACUUCCAUCUAAUUGUAGUGGCCACAUAUGUUCCUGGGCUGAUCUAUGACCGACAGUUGCUCCAUGUGGCAUCUGUGGGUUGCCUUGCUGUGUUUUUGUUCCUGGAAUAUGUGCGUUAUUUCCGGAUACGACCACUAGGUCAGCUUCUACGGCAGUUGCUUACAUUAUUCCUGGAUGAAAGAGACUCUGGGCCUCUCAUCCUCACACACAUCUAUCUGCUCAUGGGAAUGUCAUUACCGGUGUGGCUGUUCCCAGGGCCCUGUGCUCCUAAAGGGGUACUCCCUGGUGCAGGAGGUUUGGUGCCUUAUGCGGGUGUGCUGGCUGUUGGCGUUGGAGACACUGUGGCCUCUAUAUUUGGCAGCACAAUGGGGGAGAUCCGAUGGCCAGGCACAAAGAAAACCAUGGAGGGAACUGCAACAUCAGUCUUUGCACAAAUCAUUGCUGUGGCAUUGUUUCUUAUCUUUGAUGGGAAUAUCAAUCUGAACUCAACCUACUCAUGGAUUGUUGGUUCCAUCACUCUGGUGGCCAUGCUAGAAGCAUACACCUCACAAAUCGACAAUCUCCUCCUGCCAUUGUACCUCUUCAUCCUCCUGUUGCUUUAAACAAGCAAUAAAUAAUAAAAUGUUCAGAAAUUGUCAUAUACACAAGGAAAGUCUUUUGUAAGAACCAAAAACUACAAGUUGGCAAUAUAAUGUAUUGUUUCUGUCACCUGACAUGACAUUUAUUAGAUAUAAAGCAUUCAAACUUUGGAGCACAAUGAUUUGAUUGGUUUUGUUGUUCUCAAGAUUAUUGUCUUAAAAACUGGCAAGCAAAAUGGUACUACCUUAACCCUUUAAAUAAUAUUGCCCUUGAAGAACAGCCUUUGAUGUAAAAUAUGUAAAGUUUGCCUAUUUGUGAAAUGUGAAAAAAUAUGUUUGCCUUAAUAUUUUUUACAGUUGAAAACAGUAGUCUGAAUACAUGCCUAGGAGCCCAUGCAUCAUAAGGCUUUUUGCAAAGGCCUUAUAUAUUGUUUUGCAAAAUGUAGGUAUAAGAAACACCUGAAAAAGCUCCUUUUCAGGUGUUUUUGUACCCAACAACAUUUCUGUUCAGUUUGGAUAUCAUUAUCAGGAACAUAUUAAUGUAACAUUGUACCUGCAUGACUGUUUACUAAUAGUUUUUUUUAAAUCUUGACUGUGAAAACAAGGUGACGGUGCACGAUACCAUAAGAGAUGAACUACAGUGACUUUCAAUUUAUUAUUAUUCAAAUGCUUAUAUGUUUUCAGUGUAUUUCCAAUGCCAUGUUAUUUAUAAUACAUGCUAAUUUAUUUUAGUCUUACAAUGAAAAAACUUAAACCAUCUGCUGAAAAGGUUAUCAGUAAUAAUGGGCCCAAUAUGCUGGAAGAAAGUGACUACAAUAACAAUUAUAAACAGAAUAAAAAGGUUUGAAU